UACCCUAAACGCAACAGGUUUUUUGAAUUUUCCCUUGAGCUUCUCUCUCAAGCAUCCUCCUUGAAAUCCUUGUUUCUGAGUGUUUGCGUUGUACAACCAAGUGUCACACUCCGUCUCAACUCCCUCGAGACCCUUUUUCUGACGCGCGUUCUAUUAGAAAGUGGACAACUUGAGGGUAUUUUGUCCUCGUGUUUGAACCUUAAUCAGUUAAUCAUAAAGUAUUGCAAACUUCCGCAUAAGCUGUGCAUAUCUGGUACAGUAAAAUUUGUUUCUUUUGUUUAUUCUGACGGAUUGAAAGAGAUUGAUCUUAAGGCUACAAAUCUUCGUGGGUUUGAGUGUUUUUUCAAUUACAAAGUAAGAUUUUACUUUUCUUCUGUUCCCGUGUUGGAAUAUGUAAAAAUUAGUCUUCGCGGAGAUGCUUCAAUGCCAUACAUAUUUGGUGAAUUUGCAACGGAUUUACCUGCUCAGGUUAAAUCUUUAAUAGUCACAACUUGUUAUGCUCAGGCAACACACUUCCCAACCGAGAUGCAGAUAUUCGGAAACCUUAGGAUGUUAGCCUUGCUAUUUGAAAGCACAUACGACUUUGACAUAGUCAAAGUUUGCCCCGUCUUAGAAGCCUGUCCUGUUCUUCAAUAUCUGGAUAUAUUGCAACACAAGACAUUUGGACAAAAGGCAAGAGGAAGUCACAUAAGGUCUCCUUUAUCUCCUACAGAUCACACUGAGCUAAAAGAAGUUAGAUUCGGUGGAUUUCAUGGAACAAGAGAAGAGAUUGAACUUGCUAUUUAUAUUCUGAGAAGUGCAACAGUACUCGACCAGAUGUUUCUCAGCCAAUACUCAAUCGGCCCAUAUUUUAAGGCUUAUUAUGGUCAUGAUAUAUGGGAGAAAAGAGAAGAUGAACGCAUUUUAAUCCAACGAAAACUUGUUGGGCAAGCUAUCUCUCGUAGUACUGUGGUGAUCAUCCAGUAGGUUCCUGUACAAACACUAUAUCAGCUCUCUAUUGUCAUUAGUAGUUGUAGAGGUAAUGGAAGAAUUGCCUUUUUGGUUGCAAUUGCUAGUUUUUUCGAGACUUCAUGUGUUAUUAUUUUAGCUUAAAGUUAAAGGGACCAGUUGUGGUACGUUA